AUGGCCUCUGGAGACUUGAGGCGAGUUCUAGCCAAGGCGUACCCGUGGGUCAAGUCGCCGUUCAUCGUCGGGGCGCCAAUGCGGGUUCUCGCGGGGCCGAGUCUUGCAGUCGCCGUCUCAAAGGCCGGUGGCCUCGGAUUCAUCGGUCCGACCCUCAAGGCCGGAGACCUGAAGUCAGACCUCGAAAAAGCUGCCGAGCUGAUACGAUCCUCACCUCUGGCCGCGGAAGCGAUACAUCGCGAUCACGCCAUCCUCCCGAUUGGUGUCGGCUUCCAGACAUGGAACAGUGACAUGAAAGGCUGCCUCGCGGCGCUGGAGAAGCACCAGCCUUGCGCUGUGUGGCUUUUUGCCCCUCGCCAUGGGCAGGUUGAAUUGGAUGAGUGGGUUGGCAGCAUUCGGAAGGCGUCGCCCGAAACCAAGAUCUGGAUCCAAGUCGGCACUCUGCGCGAAGCGACCGAUGCCGUCGGCAGCCAGUCCCCGCCUGAUGUUCUUGUGAUUCAGGGCGCUGAGGCUGGUGGUCACGGAAGGGCGAAAGAUGGCAUGGGCACCAUUGCUCUUUUCCCAGAAAUCGCCGACGCCACUCGCGAGUCCGGCAUCCCUCUCAUCGCAGCCGGAGGCAUCAUCGAUGGCCGCGGUGUCGCGGCGGCUUUGAGUCUGGGAGCCUCGGGUGUGGCAAUGGGGACGCGCAUGCUCGCAUCAACGGAGGCCCGCAUCAGCAAAGGGUAUCAAAAUGAGAUUGUCCGCGCCUCAGACGGCGCAACUUCCACGGUCCGCACCCAGCUAUACAACCAUUUGCGGGGCACAUUUGGAUGGCCCGAGCAGUUUUCUCCUCGCGGCGUCAUCAACAGAAGCUGGAUAGAACACCAAGAGGGUGUUCCAUUCGAUGAGCUGAAGAAGCGGCAUGAUCAGGCCGCGGGGGCCGGGGACGCCGGAUGGGGGCCGGAUGGCAGACUGGCGACCUAUGCCGGGGCUGCAGUGGGACUUGUGCGCAGUGUGGACGACGCCGCCACGAUAGUUGAAGGUGUCAGACGGGAGGCUAGGGACAUUAUCAAGUCACUUGACAGUGGCCUCUAG